AUGGUGAUCGUGGUGGCAAACAUGUCGACCGUAACAGAUCUGCCGAGCUACACAAUCAUCAAUGCGUCGCUCGAUGGCGACGUUCCCACCGAGCAGCAGCUGCGCAAAGACCUGAUGGACCCGAACGCCGACGUCAAGGUGGCUGCUCUCAAACGAGCAAUCAUUCUGCUGUUGAACGGCGAGAAGCUCCCCUCGCUGCUCAUGUCGGUCAUCCAGUACGUCAUGCCACAGCAGGAUCACCGCCUGAAGAAGCUGUUGUUGUUGUACUGGGAGCUUGUUCCAAAGACCUCGCCGGACGGCAAGCUGCUCCGUGAGAUGAUUCUCGUGUGCGACGCCUACCGCAAGGACUUGCAGCACCCGAACGAAUUCAUUCGCGGCUCAACGUUGCGCUUUUUGUGCAAGCUAAAAGCGCCAGAGCUGCUCGAGCCCGUGAUGCCCGCCAUCCGCGCUUGCCUCGAGCAUCGUCACAUGUAUGUGCGCCGCAACGCCGUCCUCGCCAUCUUUACAAUCUACCGCAGCAGCGACUACCUCAUCCCGGACGCUCCCGAGCUCGUCUACAACUUCCUCCAGGCGGAACAGGACAUGACGUGCAAGCGCAACGCAUUCAUGAUGCUCGUUCACGUCGACCAAGACCGCGCUGUCGAGUACCUCGUCGCCCACUUGGACCAGCUCCAGUCCUUCGGCGACAUUCUGCAGCUCGUCAUUGUUGAGCUCAUCUACAAG